UCAGUCCAGUGCAGGGAUGCGUCCAGACUCAAAGAAGAAACUCGUUCUGAUCACUGAUUCAUCUUCUGGGGACAGGAUAGAAAUCCCUGCACAGAAUCUGAAAGACAGUGGAAUCGAGACCUAUGUUAUUGGUCUGGGCCCAAAUGUUCACAGACAGAAUUUCAUUAACCAACUGAGGACCAUUGCUUCUGAAGACACAGAAAACCAUUUAUAUCUCUUUUCAACUUACCAAUCAUUCAGUGAUGCUGCCAUCAAUAUAUCCAGAAACCUCUGUCAUGAUGCCACCAAUCUGGAAAAACAAGGGCUGCAAGCUGAUCCAACUAAUUCAACAGAGCCGGACUCUGAGCUGACCCGUAUCACUGGCCGUGGUGAGGCGUACCGCGGCACCGUUGGAGUAACAGCGAGUGGCAAAACAUCCCAGGAUUGGGCAGUUCAAAGGUCACACAACCCUCCAAACAUUGAGCCAGAGAGAUUUCCUGAUGCGUAA